AUGAAUGUCUUUCGAUUGAUAGGCGAUAUGUCUCACUUGGCAGCAAUUAUCAUCCUGCUGAUCAAAAUUUGGAGAUCGAGAUCCUGUUCAGGCAUAUCUGGUAAAAGUCAGCUACUCUUUACUGCUGUAUUCACCUGCAGAUACCUGGACUUGUUCACCAAUUUCGUUUCUAUUUAUAAUACCACUAUGAAAAUAUUUUUUCUGGCAUCAUCCUAUGCUACCAUUUACUUGAUUUUCAUGAAAUUUAAAGCAACUUACAAUAGAAAUCAUGACACUUUCAGAUUUGAACUAUUGAUUGUUGUUUCAGUAAUACUGGCUCUGUUAAUUAAUCAUGAAUUCUCUGCGACCGAGAUUUUAUGGACCUUUUCCAUUUACUUGGAAGCAGUCGCUAUUCUACCACAAUUGUUUAUGAUUACGAAAACAGGAGAAGCGGAAUCGAUCACUAGUCACUAUCUGUUUGCUUUGGGAUCCUAUCGGGGGCUUUAUAUUUUGAAUUGGAUUUACAGAUACUACGUAGAAGGGCACUUGGAUUGGAUAGCAGUAUUAUCUGGAAUUGUACAAACAGGACUUUACUGUGAUUUCUUUUAUCUGUAUAUAACCAGAGUCAUGAAAGGUAAGAAUUUAACCUUGCCAGCGUAA